AUGAUGUCACUAUCAGCAAUUAUAGUUUUAUUUGUAGUACAAUUUGUGCAUAUUAAAUCAGCAAGGAUAUUAGCAGUUUAUCCAACACCAUCGAUCAGUCAUCAAGUGGUAUUUCGAAGUUUAACUGAUGAAUUGAUUAAGCAUGGUCAUCAGAUUACCGUUGUCACUACUGAUCCAAAAUAUCCAAAGGGACAAUCUCCUACGAAUUUAACCGAAAUUGAUAUGCAUGAUCUAUCAUAUGGAAUUUGGAGAGAUGUAUUGUUACGUUCUAAAUCAGCAGACCAUGAAAGUACAGCACUGGAAAUAAUAUUCCGAGGAUCAUCAAAUGUUUUUAAAGCACAGCUUAACACUCAGGAAUUUCAAGAUAUUAUUAAGAAAGGAGAAUAUGAUUUGUUAAUGCUUGAAGCAUAUCUCAAGCCAGUUCUAGUGUUGUCAGAAAUUUUCAAGGUACCUGUGAUCCUCGUGAGUUCUUUAGGUGCUGUAAAUGAAAACUUUCGCGCUGUAGGUGUGCCUACUCAUCCGUUUAUAUAUCCAAGUCCAGUUCAACGUAAAAUAUACAAUCUGACAAACUUGGAAAAGUUACAACAAUGGUACGAUCAUUGGACAAUGGAAAAUAUUUUUAGUGCAAUUGAUGUAGACGAUGACAAAAUGUUAAAAUCUCUGUUUGGUCCCGAAAUUCCAUAUAUAGAUAAAUUACUGAAUAAUAUUGAUAUGUUGAUGAUUAAUACGCAUCCAAUUUGGUUAGAAAACCAGCCAGUUCCACCUAAUACAAUAUACAUUGGUGGGUUACAUCUAAAGCCUCCACAGGAUUUACCUAAGGAACUGCAGUCAUAUUUGGAUACAUCGAAAAAUGGAGUUAUUUACUUUAGUUUUGGCACAAAUGUACAACCGGAGUUACUGCCACCACAAAAAAUACAGAUGUUUGUGAAUGUUUUUUCACAAUUACCCUAUGACGUUUUAUGGAAAUGGGGCUUAGAUACUUUACCAGGAAAAUCGGAUAACAUUAAAAUAUCUAAAUGGUUGCCACAGGCCGAUCUACUAAGACACCCAAAAGUAAAGGUUUUCAUCACUCAAGGAGGUCUACAAUCGACAGAUGAAGCCAUAAGAGCUGGCGUACCAAUGGUCGGUAUACCGAUGUUAGGUGACCAAUGGUAUAAUGUACAGAAAUAUGUCCGACAUGGAAUAGGUGUCCAGCUCGAAAUAAAUACCUUGACUGAAAAUGAAUUUAAAGAUGCUAUUAAAAACGUGAUUAAUGAUAAAAGUUUCCGAGAGAAUAUAAUCCGUUUACGAAAAGUCAUAGAAGAUCAGCCGAUGACGCCGGCUGAGCGUGCAGUGUGGUGGGUCGAGCACAUUAUACGUCAUGGCGGUGGAAAACACCUUCGUGCCGCUGGAGCCAAUAUGACUUGGAGGCAAUAUUUUGAACUAGAUUUAGUUUUCAUUGUUUUAUCUGUGAUAAUAUGUAUAUUAGCCAUAGGAUUAAUAAUUAUUUAUAGCUUAUGGAAAUUUAUUAUGAAGAACAUUAGUACUAAUACAAAAAUUAAGAGAAGU